UUUAAAAAAUAAAAAUAUGCCUCCAAGCUAUUUUAUUAUUGAAAUGAUGGACAAAGUCGUGGAAAAUUUAGAUAAAAUAUCUAAAGUUGAAGAAAAAUCAUUAAAAAUUAGGGGAGAAACAUCUAGUGAAAAUGAAAAUAAAAUGGAGGUUAUUGAGGAAGAAGAUGAAAAUGAAACAAAGGGUGAGGAAGAAGAUAAAUUAAAAAAGAAAAAAGAAAAAAAUGAAAAAGAAAGAGAACAUUUAAUUAAAUUAUCUGAAGUUGUAAGAAGUAAAUAUAUACUUCCUAAAAUGGCUGAAAUUAAUGUAUUAACUAGUCUGAUUUAUCAAUUUUUGUUUAGUAAUAAUCCUAACGAGGGAUUAUCAUCAAGUAAACUUGGAAAUAUUUUUAAAGAAAUUAAUGAAGCUUCAGAAAAAAAUAUGGAAUUUGAAGAAAAAUUGAAAAAUGAUGAGGAUAUUACAGUAAUUAAUAAAAAAGAAGGAAUAUUUGUAGAAGGAUUAAUAUAUACAGUAUUUCAAGUUCAAGGAUUUUUUGGAAAGUUAAAAUUAGAAAUUGUUUUAGGGCAAAAAUUAGAAGAAUUUAGUAAUGAAAAAUUAGACAAAAAAAUAAAAAUUGAAGAAGAAAGAAUUAAUGAUUUUUUAAAAAAUUAUAUGAUUGAUAAAAAUGAGUACCUUAUGAUAAAAUAUGGAAAAAAGAAGAAAGGUAAACUUGAAGGUGCAAUGAAGAAUUUGAAAAAAUUUAAAGAAAAAAUGUAA